AUGGCCAGCACGACAUAUAACGGCCCAUUCCUCCCUCCCAUCCAUACCUCAUUCACCCCACUCUUAUCCUCUCCUACCGAUCUCAUCACCUCACAAGAGCUUCACAGCGCUCUCGACCGCAACCUCUCUGACAGCUUUGAAAGCUUGCACGAUCUCUAUCAAGUCAACGAAGAAGAGGCUGAAGAGGAUUGGACUGAAGAGAGUGACCAGAUUCAAGUGUACAGAGAUACAAAGCCGCUGCGUGUCAGGAAGAAAAAGGGUCGUUCCACCAAAGUCAUAUACGUUGCCAACCGCCGUCGUUCGACCAUAGUCUCGGUUCCUCGCUCCCCUCUGUCACCAAAGUCGCCAGUGUCACCCCGCUCCCCUACCUCCUUCGACAGCGACUCUGCCCACGCACACAUCUCGAAAAUCUUCCCGUCUCUUCCCGAGCCAUCACCCACCAUGGCUGUUCCUUUGGUAUACCAGCCCAACCGGCUCGCACCUGUCACUUCUACGGACAGACAAGGCAAUCGGUCUUCGGGGUCCUCUCUUCAUCUCGGCUUGGGCGGUUCAUCCAGCUACGACCCUAUCUGUCCCGGCCCAUCCCCUCCCUCGUCGCCGAUUCCAUCCCCCAACAAGCGCCACUUUACGUCUCCAACCAUGUACGAGUCUUCUGAGCGUCCACGCAAGCCUCUUCCUGCCGUCCCGUCUUCCCCCAUCACCCCUUCGCGAGCUCCCCGCAAGGCUGCCAAGCUCCUCGGGGUAGACCUUCCUCCCGUGAUGGAGCAGGAGAAGAAGAAGAAUUAUGCGGCGUCCGCGCUCAAGGCUGGCAGGCACUUUCGUCCUCUGCCGAAUGUGGCUUUGGCCGAGAUUGAAAAAUUCUUUGGGGAGGUGCCAAAGAAGGCUUCAAAGUCUCACCCGGGUCUCAAAACGGGCAAGAAGGCGAGCAACUCCUUUUAUAAGGGCAACUCUGCGCACGGUGUUCCGGAAGCUUGUGACCGAAACAUCGGAGAGGGACAGACAGUCGAUCACAGGGGCGAAGACGGCUCAAUGUGGCUUGAUGUAGAGGAGGAGCAAGAGUUUGCGUGGCUUAUGAGCGAAGCUAUCGCUGCUGUCCCUGCACCCUUGCCUAGUGUGGAUGAUUUGUCCGAGUCUAUCGGCGGAACUUUUCCCGUGAAGAGAAGGGACAGGUGCAUCGACGACAUGAGUACUCUGUGUGGGAGCGACGAGGAGGAGGACAGCGGCAAAUGGGGCAUGGAAGCUUUUACUUCUAUCCUUUCCGUGCCCAAGCCCAAAGCUAGCAGAGCUUCACCCUCUUCCUCUCCCUCUCCCAGUAAAUCCCGACCAAAGCCUCUCCCCCUUGUCCGUCGGGCCAACAAGAGUAACCCCGACUCCUCUUUCAUGGAGAUUGAGACUCCCAAGCGUCUCGACUUUUCUUUCGACAUUUCUCCUGCCAGAGACUUGAUCAGCUUUUUCGAACCGGUCACUCCGGUGGAACGAAUGGGGCCCAUGUAUGGUGGGGGAGCUGGGCCGGGCGCUGCGGCGGGGACAAAAGGAAAAGGGUGGUUGAAGAGGGCCAUGAAGCCUUUGAGGUCGCAGAGUAGAGAGGCUGGACCUCGCGUAUAUGUCUAG